AUGAAUGUUCAAUCAAGCCGGGAUAUGAUGCGUCGUUGUUCGAUUCUUCUCAUGUUCCUCUUCUGUAUCCGCCAGGCUGCAUGUUUGGACGCCAUCAGUUUCCAAAAUUGGUCAUCCCUAUUUAACAACCAGCCGUCAAAGAACUGGGUUGUCCUGGCCGCUGGUUCCAACACCUGGGAAAAUUAUCGACAUCAAGCGGACGUAUUUCACGCGUAUCAAUUGGUGCGUAAAUACAAUGUUCCACCGGAGAAUAUAAUUACCUUCGCCUACGACGAUAUUGCCAACAAUCCCAAAAACCCCUUUAAAGGCAAAGUGUUCCAUCACUACGAUCACGAAGAUGUCUACAACGGUGUGGUGAUUGACUAUCGUGAAAAAGAUGUCACACGUGAUAACUUCGUGAAAGUGCUGAAAGGUGAUCAGAAACUUGAAGCUAACAAGAAGAAGGUUCUGAAAAGCGGUCCUGAUGACAACGUGUUCAUCUUCUUCUCCGGUCAUGGUGCGAUUUCCCACAUUGGCUUCCUGGAAGAAUAUCUGUAUGCCAUGGAGCUGAACGAUACCCUCGCCUACAUGCAUUCAAAAAAAAAGUUCAACAAAUUGGUGCUGUACAUGGAGGCUUGCUACUCUGGCUCUAUGUUUAAAGAUGUUCUUCCUUCAAAUAUGGGAAUCUACGCGACAACCUCAGCCAAGGAAGAUGAAAAAUCCCACGCCAUUUUUUGUUUUGACCCGAGAAUCCGUGUCUGUUUGGCGAACGAUUACUCGCAUGCUUGGAUUACAGAUUCGGAACAGAACAACAUAAAAAAGCGUACACUGGAGGAGCAAUACGAGGCGGUGAGAAGGAAGACGGGGUUAAGUCACGUGAUGAAAUACGGUGAAAUGGUGAUAAUACUAGGGAUUCGUUGUACAUCAAUGACUAAUGAUAUUGCUGAUUGUGGGACUGUUUCCGAACUGAUAUUCAUUGUUCAACAGGAUCUUUCAACACUAGCACCUAAGCAAUUAAAUGUGAAACUACGGUCGCUUGGUCCCAGAGGUAUCCCAGCACACAACUCAUCUAAUAGAGUUGUGCAAAGCCGGAUACAAUCCCGAAAUCAUCAUCCAGUCUGUCCACAACGUCUGCUCCUAACGGGCACACAUCAUGUUGUGCGAUUUUACCAAAAUAAACUGAAUUCCAACUGGUCCGUAUCGAGUUUUGCCAUCGUCUCGAAG